AUGAGCAAAAGCAACAACAAACGAGCCGAUGUCGAUGUCGAUGUCGACACUGCUUCAAUAAAAACACCAGCAACAUCAGCAUCAAUAACACCAUCCAUCUCAAAAACUGAAAAUGAUGGAAAAUCCUCUAAAAAUGAACCAGUGGUGAAUGAAAAAGAAAAAAAGAAACAAGCAUUUAUAACAAGAACAAUCUGGACAUUUGUCAUGAUUGGUGCCUUUUUCGUCAUUUUGGCUUCUGGCCAUCUACCAAUCAUUGUUAUGGUCUUGUUGUUCCAGUUUUUAACAUUUAAAGAAAUAAUUGCAUUAACUUCAGAACCAGCAAGAGAUAAAAAGAUUCCUUAUAAUAGAUCACUAAAUUGGUAUUUCUUAAUUGCUACUUGGUAUUAUUUGGAUUUCCCAUCAUUUGUUGAUUUUUUCCAAGAAGAAAUCUUUUCCAAUAAAUUUCUUACUUUACUUAUUUUGAAUCACAAGAUUAUUAGUUAUUCAUUAUAUAUUGCUGGAUUUAUCUUUUUUGUUUGGACUUUGAAAAAGGGAUACUACAAGUUUCAAUUUGCUCAAUUAUGUGUUACCCAUAUGACUUUGUUGUUGGUUGUUUUCCAAGCCCACCUCAUCAUUGGAAAUAUACUAAAUGGUAUAUUUUGGUUCUUUUUGCCCUCAGCUUUGGUUAUUGUUAAUGAUAUCUUUGCUUAUGUUUGUGGAAUUACAUUUGGUAGAACUCAAUUGAUUGAAAUUUCACCAAAAAAAACAGUUGAAGGUUUUGUUGGUGCUUGGAUCUGUACUGGUAUUGCUGCAGUUAUUGGCUCGCUUAUCUUAUCCAAGUCUGAUUAUUUAAUUUGUCCAGCACAAAACUUGUCUACACACUUGUACAACUAUCCAAGUUGCGAACCAAAUCCUGUGUUCAUCCCACAAGUUUACCAAUUACCACAAAACAUUAUCGAUCUCUUUGGAGGAAAUAUUGAGCUUAUCACUUUCAAACCAGUAUAUUUUCAUGCUGCUAUCCUAGCCACCUUUGCAUCAUUAAUUGCCCCAUUUGGUGGGUUCUUUGCCAGUGGAUUAAAAAGAGCUUUCGGUAUAAAAGAUUUUGGUGACACGAUCCCGGGACACGGUGGUAUUACUGAUAGAUUUGAUUGUCAAUUCUUAAUGGGCUCAUUCACAUACUUGUAUUAUCAAACAUUUAUCAGUAAUCAUAAUAUGAACUUGGGUAAAGUUUUACAAAUGGCAAUUAUUAACUUGAGCGCACCACAAUUGAUACAAUUGAUUAAGAGUAUCUUAAGAUAUUUGAAUAGAGAAGGUGUUAUUGACGAUGACAAGUUACAUUCAAUUGUUGAAUUAUUGGCCAAUUGA